AUGGCACUUGCGCCCCAGGAAAACGAGAGGGUGCUUGAUAUGACUGCUGCCCCCGGUGGAAAGACAACACAUAUCGCUGCCUUGAUGAAGAACACAGGCUGCAUCUUUGCCAACGAUGCGAACAAGGAUCGUGCCAAAGGUUUGAUUGGUAACAUUCAUCGUCUUGGUGUGAGAAAUGCCAUUGUCUGCAACUACUCCGCGCUCGAGUUCCCUAGGGUCAUGGGUGGCUUCGAUCGUGUAUUGCUCGAUGCGCCUUGCUCUGGUACUGGUGUCAUCGCAAAGGACGCGAGUGUAAAGACAAACAAAACGGAGGCCGAUUUCAUGAAACUCCCGCAUCUCCAAAAGCAAUUGAUCCUUGCAGCUAUUGACUCUGUAGACCAUCACAGUAAGACUGGUGGUUACAUCGUGUAUUCUACUUGUUCGGUCACGGUAGAAGAGAAUGAGCAGGUGGUGCAGUAUGCGCUGAAUAAGCGACCGAAUGUUAAGCUCGUGGAGACUGGCCUUACGUUCGGUAAGGAGGGUUUCACGAAGAUUGGCGGCAAGAUAUUCCACCCAUCUAUGAAGAUGGUGCGAAGAUACUACCCCCACACCUACAACGUCGAUGGCUUCUUUGUUGCCAAGUUCAAGAAAACUGGCCCCACACCAGCCAACGCAGUUGGCGUUAACGAAGCCACCAAGCCAAAUGGGAACAGCAACAACAUCACAAGUAAAAUGGACCAGCUCGAGGUUGUCGACAAGACACCUCUUCGUCUGGAGGGAGAGGAUUCCGACUCAGACUUUGGUGGCUUUGACGAAGAAGAGGAUCAAAAGUACAUGGAGCGUGCACAAGCCAGCAAACUACGCCGAAAGGGCAAAGACCCCAGGGCUGUCCUACUCAAGGGCGACAAAGCUGCAAACGGAGUUGCCAAAAAGACAACCGAGGAGAAGACUGAGCCCGUCGUGGAUGGGAAGAAGGCGGAUAAAAGGAUUGAGAUCGAGCCUGCAGUGCAGGAGAAGUCGAGCAAAACGGAGCCGAAGGCUGGUGGAACAGAGGCCGGCAAGGAUGUAAAGUCCAACGGUCAUAAGGCAAAGGAAAGCACCGUCCAAUCCAAGAAGGAGCGGAGAAAGAGUGUGGGGAAGAAGUCAGAGGCGUAG